AUGGGUAAGAAGAAUACCAAAGGUGGUAAGAAAGGUAGAAGAGGAAAGAACGAUAAUGAUGGACCAAAGCGUGAACUAGAAUAUAAAGAAGAAGGUCAGGAAUAUGCUCAGAUCACAAAGAUGUUGGGUAAUGGAAGAGUGGAAGCUACUUGUUUCGACGGUGUUAAAAGAAUGGCUCACAUCAGAGGUAAGUUAAGAAAAAGAGUUUGGAUGGGUCAAGGUGAUAUUAUUUUAGUGUCUCUAAGAGACUUCCAAGAUGAUCAAUGUGACGUGGUUCAUAAAUACAACUUAGACGAGGCCAGAAUGUUGAAGAGUCAAGGAGAAUUACCUGAAAAUGCCAAAAUUAAUGAAACUGAUAACUUUGGUUUCGAAUCUGAUGAGGAUGUUAACUUCGAGUUUGGUAACGCGGAUGAGGAAGAUGAUGAAGAGGACGACGAUGAGCUUGAUAUUGAUGAUAUUUAA